GCCACGACACGACGAAGCGUCGCGACGUCAGUAGAGCGCCGCGCUAUCGACCACCACCACGAGACCAUCGUUGUCGUCGUCGUCGUCGUCGUCGUCGUCGUCAUCGUCGUCGUUUGCCGUCUUCGUCCUCUUCGGAAUUGUCGUCCUUAAUCAUUUCUCUCGUGUCGAUCGUUCUCGUUCUCAUCAUCAGUAGCAAACGAUCGGCUCAUCGCGUAACGUCGUUCGUUGUUAAAGUCGAAGGAAAUAUUUUCUCUGGCCAAUAAUAAAUAUAAACUUAGACCGGGAAAUUCCUCGUGUACCGUACCGGUCGGCACGUAGUCGCGAUAAAAAGUGGCAGGAGUAAGAAGGAAAGUGGCAGGAUCGAAAGUGGAGUCGUGGUACGGUGGAAGACGGUGCGAUCAGGCAGGGAUCAAGAUUUCGAUCAACCUGUUCGAGCCGGUGCCACGAGGAUCCUGCGGCUACGGGCCGCUGCGUGCACGCGCCUCCUCCGUGGGCUCGCGCCUGAUCCUCAAGAGCACCGCCGCCGCUAGUAGUAGUAGUAGUAGUAGUAGUAGUAGUAGUAGUAGUAGCGGUAGCAGUAGUACUAGUAGUAGUACUAGCAGCGGCAGCAGUAGCACCAGUGGUACUAUCACCACCGACAGAAACGUGGAUUCCUAUCGCGCGAACGCGGUUCAUGCGUGCGUAAGUGGAUACUUGCUCGAGUGCCAGCAGUCCUCCUCUAACUACAGCCACGAGCCACCCCGUGUGAGACCCAAUGACUGUCCAUCCAGGGACCACGGGACACACAUGUUCGUUAUAAGUCGAGCCGUUGAAUAAGUUUUCGAUGGCUUUCCGCCGAGGGUCAAGACGUUUCCACCCUCAAAGAAGGCGGCAUCCUCGGAGAGGAUAAAUAUCCGAGUCAAGAGGCAAGCCGGAAUUUUGUGUUGAUUCUUCGGUGAUUCGCGAGGUGCAAGCUCGUCGAGGUGCUACGUAGAAAAAGAGAGAGAAAGAGAGAGAAAACGUUCUUUCAGAGUGCUUGCAAAGGGAAAAAGAAAGGAAAAGAGAGAGAGAGAAAGAGAGAGAGAGAGACGGAGAGAAAGAAAGAGAAAAGAGAGGGAGAGGGAGAGAGUGGAUCGGAUAUUUGUGGAAAUUUGUGGAAAUUUGUUGGUGAGUGUGUGAAAAGAUAGGAGGAAGUGAGAGCUUUUCGUGAGGAUAAGAGAGUGUACGAGAUAGCGGAGAAAGAAGAAGAAGAAGAAGAAGAAGAAGAAGAAGAAGUAGCGGGAAACGCGUGGCUAGAUGCGUGGAAUUUGAAAGCAGCAACCCACAGGCCAGCCCGACGCAAUGCGUCGACGCUGCUGACGCAACGCGCCUGGAUGCGUCUCACUUUGAGCACGUUACCACAGCUUGCCGUUUUAGCGAAGAUUUUGUGCCUCCUGAUGGUGGUGAUGUGCGGGGCGGUACCGGCGAUGGUGCGCUCCGUGAGUCUCUACUCGACUUGCAGCAGCGGCAAUGUUACCGUAAUGGGCCGCUCGAUCAAGGCCGUGGGACGCAGCGAUGACAAUGCACCCUACCAGAAGCUCACGACACAGUCCGAGGACUUCAGUAGGAAGCUGUACAUCUUCGCGGAGAAGAGCCAGCGAUACAUUUGCUUCAACAAGCGGUGGAAACUCGUCGGCCUGCCGAAGAAACAGAAGGGUCCGAUGUGCCAGUUCUACGAGGUCUACAACGGUUCGUACCUGAGGUACAGGAGCGUGGCCGACAGUACGCGAUACCUCGGUUUCAACAAGCUCGGCAAACCGAUGAAGAAUCCCCAUGGUAGACAGGAAUGUUUCAACUUCAUCAAGUACAAUCCUCAUGCCGACAUAAACUACCACAACAACCUGGUGAAUGCGGAUAUGGGUGGUAUGGAGCCGAGAGAACCUUACGUGGUAUCGAGGAAGCCUUCACCGAUGAGGGCGACGAAGAACUCGCUGAUACAAGCCGACAGUAGUGGUGCGAGGCAGCAACAGCAGCAACAGCACCAUCAUCAGCAACAACAGCAACAACAACAGCAGCAGCAGCAGCAACAGCAACAACAGCAUCCAGCGGGGCACACGACGACGCAUCGUCAUCGGCACUCGAAUCGUUGGAAGAUGCGACAGGACGAAGAGGAACACUCGGCGAUGCCACGAAGACGGCACGAGAGUCGUCUACUCGUCGAGGCUAGCAAGUAUUGAGCCGGAAAAGCGUUGGCUCGCCGAUCAAGACUGCCUCCUUUAAUCCACACAUGCAAACACAUAAACGAACGAACGAAACCGCGUACACGAUUAAUACACAAAGCCUUACACAGAAGAUAUCACAGGGAGACAUGUACACGAAGACACGAAUACAAGAAACACACACAACGAUCAUACACAGAAAAAACACACCGUACCUCCGUGAGAGUUACCUGAUAUCGAUCUACCGAACGAACAACUCCAUACGUCGCUUUGGCGCCUUUUUUUCAUAAGAUCAUGUUUCGGUAUGAUUCUUCAGGGAAAUCCGCAAACACGGAAACACCGCGACUUCGAGAAGAUAUAUAUGACUGCGCUUACCCGAGGCGCGACUUGGAUCGCGCGAAGCCGCGUCUCGAUUUAUGUAGGUGAGAAAGAAAAUAUGAAAUGGCAAAUGAUAGAGGAGAACAGAAAAUAUGAAAAGAUAAAUACGUAGGACGACUUCAACGACUCCGAUCUCCAAUUAUUCGCGCGACUCCGAAACUCCUCUCUUGCCCCCCGACUGAACCCAUUUAAGGGCAAGUAGGAGUUAACUCAGAGACGAAGCACGCGAGAAAGAGUCGAUGAACUCUCGUCGCGCUUUAAAUCUUCGUGGCAGUCUCGCGCGCGCGCCUCGUUUCUUCGCGCGGAGAGUUGGCACGCGCUAGCCGAAAAAAAAAUCGCUAUGGCGAUCGUAGGUAAGCGCACGUGCGUUCGUUUCCCACCGAGCGGUCUCUUUCUCUCUCUUUCUCUCUCUCUCACUUUCUCUCUCUUUUCUCUCACUCUCUCUCUUUCUCUCUCUUUCUCUCUCUCUCUUUCUCUUUUUGAACGAAGCGACAAACGGAUUCAACGGUUCUAAAACUCUUCUCCUCCGCUAAACACAGGGAUUCUCAAAUUAGUUUUUUAUUCUAAAAAUCACGAUUUUUCAUGUGGACAACAUCGAGGGAGGCGCGAUUGAUUCUUUGCUCUUGACUAUGAAAGUGGAGGAGAAAAGAAAAAAAUGUAAUAGAGAUUCGCGGUUUUCCUCAGGAGGUUUUCCUCAGGCGUCGCGCGCGAACUCGCUGCUGCGCGCACACUAAGAACAAUAAAGGAAGAAAGAAAGAAAAAAAAAAGCCUCAUGCCGCCGCGCAAGACUCUCGCUCGCUGUGUGCUAAUUUUACGGCCCGCCUAACGUAACGUAACGUAACGUAACGUAACGUAACGUAACGUAACGUAACGUGCGUGCUCUGCGUGCGUGCGUGCUCUGCCUGCCUGCAUGCGUGUACGUAUGAUAUGUGAGAAUGUGUAUGAAUGCAUGUACGCGUGUGUGUGAGUAGUAGCGUACGCGUGUGGAUACGCAAGAUCGAUCGCUCGCGCGCGAGCCCAAAGCUUCAAUGUCGCCCAAACGAGCAAUAAUAAUAACAAUAAUAAUAACAACAAAAAAUAUAUAUAUAUCUCUAUAUCUAUAUGGUGAAACAAGAAAAAAAAAUAGAAAAAGGAUAAAAAAAAGAAAGAAAGAAAAAGAAAAAAGAAAAAAAAAAAAUUUGCACAGGACCGUGGCGCGAGCGAGAACGAGCGUAUCCCUCUCUCUUUUUCUGUGUUGUUGUUGUUGUUGUUGCGUGUGUUAAUGCGUGCGUGCGUACGUUGUAUUUGCCUCUUUAAACGCGUGUGAGUGCGUGUAAUAUAUUACUAUAUCGUUAUUGAAAACUUAAUCCUUAGGACGCUGUCGCAUAAAACAAAAAUAAAACUGUAUUAUUAGGUUAGAUAACGCGAACACGUAUGUACGCGAUGGCAACGCGAAAAGCCGACCGGGGCUGACUGUUCCUGCUGCUGUUGUUUCCUUCUCCGCCCUUUAAAUCUCACAAUUUCUCCUAUUCGACUCCCUCCGAUAUCCUUAUUCUCUCUUUCUCUCUCCUUUCGAAUCCUUAAUUCAAUGGGAGCAGCGACACGGUGCAGCUUCUCGCGUCAACGCCACGCGAAAGGAGCGCCUGCUCUUUUUUUUUCCCAAAAAGGAAACGCUCCCUAGGUAGCUUAUUUAUUGAAAUCACGUUUUAGGUUACUACGAAGGCCGAAUCGCCCGAUCCUUCCUUCCUUCUUUCCUUUCUUCCUUUCUUCCCUCCUUCCAAAAUUUUUUUUUCUUUUUUAAUCUUUUCUUUCUACCCUCCAUAUAUAUAUAUACUCUUCUAUCUCGAUCGACCUCGUAACGCGUGUGUGAAAAUACGCGUCGCUCUCUUUACCAUUCUGACAUCUGUUUUUUGUUUGUUUGUAAUUAUCCCUUCGUCCCUUCCUUUUUCUUCUCUUCAUCCUUGUAAUUUCAUCCCCCUUCCUCUUUCUCUUCUCAUCGUCCACCAAUACAUCACACACGAAAUCUUAUCCGAUCUUCGAUCGCGAAGAGAUCGACGUAGUCCUCUUUUUUUUUUAUUAUUUUGUAUAAAGAAGAUGAAGAAGAAAAAAAGGAUAAAAGAAUGAUCUGAAAUCGCGGACGUUUACGCGCACGAUUCGAUACGCCCCCUUCUUUUUCUUUCUUGUCGUCAUCGAGUAAUUCAUUUUUCUUUAAAAUAUCGUUCAUACAUACAUAUAUACAUACAUACAUCCAUACACACAAACACGAAUAAAUUCAUACAUGCGUAUGUACGUACUAUGCGUGAAAAAAAGAAAAAAACGAAUUCCAGGCCAACGAUCGCGCCUUGCAUUUAUCGUCUCGUUCUUUAAAAAAGAAAGAAAGAAAGAAAAAAAACAAACAAACAAACAAACAAACAAGAAAAUUAAUAAAACGAGCAACAUUCCCCUCUUAUUUUUUACAUACAUACAAACGUCAUGCAAACGUCGUUAAACGAGAAUGCAAUAAGAUUUUCUUAUACGUUUGCGGCUCGCGAUUUGUAGUAACCCGAGAAAUACUCGAUUUGUUUUGCGUAACCUACAGCAGCGCUUUAGAAGGCCCUACAAAGUCCCACCCACAACCGCCCUCGAGAAUGCUGUUUGUAUGUGAUGCUAAUGUGAGUAGUUAAACAAAUUGUGCGUAGGAACAUAUUAUAUAUUAUAUAUAUAUAUACAUAUAUAUAAAUAUAUAUAAAUAUAUAUACAUAUGAAAAAAAAAGAAAAGAAAUCGAAACGCCACGUACCCUUCGACAAGCCGAGGACGAUCGAUCGAUCAUUUUUUCGUACUACCACGUCGAUCUAACUUUUUCUUCUCACCCUCGUGAAAUUCUGAUUAAGAAAAUGGAGAACCGACCGGAAAUAGAAAUAAAAAACCGGCUCGAGUUUGCAUAGAGGAGACACGCGAGUACGUAUGUUUUUCUACUCUACAAUCAAACAUAGACAUACAUGAAUACACAGACGUACACCCACACUCUUUCUUUCUCUUUCUAUCUUUCGCGAUCCCUCUUUCGUUCUUUCACACGUCUCUCGUCUCUCGUUUCUUCGUCCAUCGGUGCGUGGCGAGCGCAAGCUAAGCAGAAUAAAAUGUUGCGCGUAAACGGAAACUAAAUGCCAGCAGCUGACCAUGGAGAAUUAUUAACGAGGAAAGAAAAGGAAAAGGAAAAAAAAAGGAAGAAAAAGAAAAAAAACGUAAAAGUCCGAACGCUUAUAAUUUAAUAACAGACAACCUAAUUGUAACGCGUAGUGUAUUAAUAUUGUAAUAUGGUAAUGUAAACGCCACCUCUAAAGAAGAAAAAAAAAAAGAAACACAAAUUAUCCUA